CUGGUCAAAUUCGGACGCGGUCAAUAUGUUUUUCACUUUACUUCUGAUUCUCUGCGGCCUUGUGUAUUUGUGGCAAAAGUGGAAUUAUUCCUAUUGGCAAAGGAAAGGAGUGCCAGGACCGAAACCGACAUUUUUUGUGGGAAAUCUUGGCGCAAUAAUUGCACAGAAGGAACAUAGUGGAUUAGUAGCUGAUAAGUGGUACAAUGAUUACCCAAAUGUUCCCUAUGUUGGCUACUAUAAAACCUUUACACCUGCAAUUUUGCUGCGAGACGUUGAAAUUGUGAAAAAUGUACUGAUUAAAGACUAUUCUUCAUUCAGCGCAAAUGAUAUCGCUGAAGUUAAUGACCCAAAUGAACUCUUAGCUGAUAAUCCAUUCGGCAUAAGAGAUGAACAAAGGUGGAAGCAGAGUCGUGCGAUAAUGUCUCCAAUGUUCACAACGACUAAACUGAAAGGCAUCUUUUCGAGCAUUCAGGCAUCUUGCGAUAAAAUGAAAAAGUACAUCGAUAGACAAGGAUCUUCUAAGGAUAUCGAUGCCAAGAGUAUGUCUGCAAAAUUCACAACUGAAAAUGUUGCUGCUUGCGCAUUCAGUUUGGAUGCGAAUUGCUUUGAAGAUCCCAAAAGUGAAUUUCGCGAGAUGGGAAAGAAAAUCUUUCAACCUUCGUUCUGGAUGGGAAUCAAAUUCAUGGUUAUUUUUUUCUUCCCAUUUAUCAUGAAAUUCUUCUCUGUGUCGUUAUUCACAAAGGAAACUAAUCAGUGGGCCAGAAGACUGGUGAGAGAAAAUAUCUUGUCUCGACAAAAUAGGAAGAUCAAGCAGGAGGAUUUGCUGCAAGUUUUAUUGGGCGUUCAGGACAAGUACAAAAUGACCGAGAGCCAAAUUGCUGGCCACUCAAUGUCUUUCUUUGUUGAUGGAUACGAAACUUCGAGCACAGUUCUUUCAUUUGCACUGUGGCAAGUCGGACGCAAUCCUGAAGUCCAGGAAAGAUUGUAUGAAGAAAUCGUGAGAGUCCUGGAGAAAUACGAUAACAGUUUUUCGUACGAAGCGAUUAGCGAAAUGGAAUAUCUGGAUAUGGUUGUCCAAGAGACGCUGCGUUUAAAUAGUGCCGGUCUGACUUUGCAUAAAUCAUGCACGAAACCUUAUGUAAUGCCCAAAUUACCCGGACAAAAGGAGCCUGUUGUUCUGGAACCAGGAACUCCAGUUCUUAUUCCCAUCUAUUCGAUACAUCAUGAUCCUGAGAUCUAUCCUGAUCCUGAGGUUUUCGAUCCUCUGCGUUUCACUGAAGAAGAACGUCAAAAGCGACCGAAAUGCUCUUACUUGGCCUUUGGCGACGGUCCAAGAAUUUGCAUAGGAAUGAAAUUUGCACUUCUGCAGGUGAAAUUCGGAUUAGCAAGUCUUGUGAAGGAUUUCGCCAUCACUGAAUCACCCAAUUGCAAACCAUUUGUCAUUGAUCCACGAGGAAUAGUUCUUCAGGCACGCGAUGGAUUAAUUAUAAGAUUUGAGAAGAGGCAUUAUUCGGUUGCGAUUAAUACAAUGUUCUUCACUUUACUUCUGAUUCUCUGUGUUCUUGUGUAUGUGUGGCAGAAAUGGAAUUAUUCUUAUUGGCAAAGAAGAGGCGUUCCGGGACCGAAACCAACAUUUUUGGUGGGAAAUCUUGGCCCUAUUGUUUCCCAAACAGAACAUAGUAGAGAGCUCGCUGAUAAGUGGUACAAAGAGUUCUCAGAUGUUCCUUAUGUUGGAUAUUAUAAAGCCUUCAGGCCGGCAAUUUUGGUGCGAGAUAUCGAAAUCGUGAAAAAUAUGCUAACUAAGGAUUUCACAUCUUUCCAAGCCAAUGAUAUCGCUGAGCCAAACAAUCCCAAUGAUUUAAUAUCUGAGAAUCCAUUUGUGAUAAGAGAUGAGCAGAAAUGGAAGCUGAAUCGAGCAAUAAUGUCUCCAAUGUUCACACCGACUAAAAUGAAAGGCAUUUUUCCAAGUCUUCAAGCAUCUUGCGAUAAAAUGAUCGAAUAUUUAAGAUUGCAGAGCUCAACUACUGAUAUUGAUGCCAAAAGUCUCUGUGCGAAAUUUACAACAGAAAAUGUCGGCUCGUGUGCAUUCAGUUUGAAUGCAAAUUGCUUUGAAGAUCCAAAUAGUGAAUUUCGUCGAAUGGGAAAAAAUAUCUUUCAGCGCACUUUCUGGACGGGAAUCAAAUUCAUGGCCUUAUUCUUCUUCCCAAUUGUCGCUAAGAUCUUUUCUAUUGCUGUUUUCUCUGAGGAAGCUGAAAAAUGGGCCAGAAAACUAGUGAGGGAAAAUAUCCUGUCACGACAGAAUAGGAAACUCAAGCAAGAGGACAUGAUGCAAGUCUUGCUGGGCGUUCAGGACAAAUACAACUUGACUGAGGGUCAAAUUGCCGGCCUCGCGAUGUCCUUCUUUGUUGAUGGAUAUGAGACAACUAGCACUGUGCUAUCAUCUGUGCUUUGGCAAGUCGGACGCAAUCCUGAAGUCCAGAAAAGAUUGUAUGAAGAAAUCGUGAGAGUCCUGGAGAAAUACGAUAACAGUUUUUCGUACGAAGCGAUUAGCGAAAUGGAAUAUCUGGAUAUGGUUGUUAUGGAAACAUUGCGCAUAUUUGGCGUUGGAUUUCAAAAAUUAUGCACAAAACCUUAUGUAAUGCCCAAAUUGCCAGGGCAAAAGCAGCCUGUCGUACUAGAACCAGGCACGUCGGUUCUAAUUCCCGUCUAUUCCAUACAUCAUGAUCCUGAGAUCUUCCCUGAUCCUGAAAUAUUUGAUCCUUUGCGAUUCACGGAAGAGAUGAUCAGUACGCGUCCUAAAUGCUCAUUUAUGCCUUUUGGCGAGGGUCCCAGGAUUUGCGUCGGGAUGAAAUUUGGCCUUUUGCAGACGAAAUUCGGACUGGCAAGUCUUGUAAAGGACUUUAUCAUUACAGAGCAAUCAUUCGUGCUCUGUUUCUCUUUGAGAACGUACGCAAAGUUGUUCAAGAUGUUCCUCACUUUGCUUCUGAUUAUCUGUGUUCUUGUGUAUUUGUGGCAAAAGUGGCAUUAUUCUUAUUGGCAAAGAAGAGGCGUUCCGGGACCGAAACCAACAUUUUUGGUGGGAAAUCUUGGCCCUAUUGUUUCUCAGAAGGAACAUGUGGGAGUUUUAUCUAAUAAGUGGUAUAAAGAAUAUUCACAUCUUCCUUAUGUCGGAUACUUCAAGUCCUUCACUCCGGCAAUUCUUAUCCGGGAUACUGAACUUCUGAAGAAUGUUCUGGUGAAGGAUUUUUCAUCAUUCUUUGCUAAUGAUGUUGCUAUAAAUGAUGAUCCCAAUGAUCUUGUGCGGGAAAAUCCAUUUGUGCAGAAAGAUGAGCAGAAAUGGAAGCAGAGCCGCGCAAUAAUGUCUCCAAUGUUCACAGCGAAUAAGAUAAAAGGUGUAUUUCCAAUUAUGCAAACAGCGUGCGAUAAGUUGAUAAAAUACAUUGAACGACAAGGCAGUGAUGACGUCGACGCUAAAAGCGUAUCUGCUAAAUUCACAACGGAAAAUGUGGUUUCCUGUGCAUUCAGUCUGAAUGCGAAUUGCUUUGAAAACCCUAAAUGCGAAUACCGCGAGAUGGGAAAGAAAAUGUUUCAGCCUUCGUUCUGGAUGGGAAUCAAAUUUAUGCUAUUAUUUUUCUUCCCAUUCUUUGUUAAAAUAAUGACUCUAUCGCUCCUGCCGAAGGAUGUUGACCAAUGGAUUAGAAAGCUCGUGAGGGAGAAUUUGAAAUCGCGACAAAAUAAGAAGCUUCCACAUGAAGAUAUGUUGCAAAUAUUGCUGAGUGUUCAAGACAAAUACAACUUAUCUGUUGAUCAAAUCACUGGCCAUGCGAUUUCCUUCUUUGUCGAUGGAUAUGAAAGUUCAAGCACAGUUCUUUCGUUUGUUCUGUGGGAAGUUGGACGCAAUCCAGAUGUUCAGAAGAAACUCCACGAAGAAAUAGUGAAAGUUCUGGAGAAACACGAUAAUCAAUUUUCUUAUGAAGCUCUUAGCGAAAUGAAGUACUUAGAUAUGGUGAUUCAAGAGACGCUCAGGCUCAAUCCGCCAGCUCUAGCAUUGCACAAAACAUGUACGAAAUCUUAUGUGAUGCCCACAUUGCCUGGACAUAAGAAACCAGUGGUUUUGGAGCCAGGAACUUCCGUGCUUGUCCCUCUUUAUUCUAUUCAUCAUGAUCCUGAGAUCUUCCCUGAUCCUGAAGUAUUCGAUCCACUGCGCUUCACCGAUGAGGAGAUCAAUAAGCGACCAAAAUGCUCUUACUUACCUUUUGGCGAGGGUCCCAGGAUUUGUGUGGGAAUGAGAUUUGGUCUUAUGCAGACAAAAUUCGCUUUGGCGAGUCUUGUAAAGGACUUUAUCAUCAAAGAAUCCCCCAAUUGCAAGCCAUUUGUCAUUGAUCCGCGUUCAUUGAUUUUACAGUCGCGAGAUGGAUUGAUUGUGAAGUUUGAGAAGAGAAAUUAAAAUAAAGCAUUGCCGUUAAUA